UAAUUAGGAGCUGGACCAGCGUGCAGGGUGUGGGAGAGAUAGAGAACCAACAUGACCUCUUGUCGGUUGUUCUGCAAGACAAAACUUGCAGUGUAGUCAUCACUCUCCGUGAGUGCAAAACAACCCCACUGUUCCUUUUUUUUAGCUCAUUUUUCUGCUGCUUGAUGGAUGCUAGGAAACAACACCUUCUUCUAUGCCCUCUUAUUCCCCAUCUCAUCAAUUAACAUUCACUUCACAAUUCUCUCUCUCUUGUUCUAUGUCAAAACCUGUUCUAGUCUUUAAUUUCCAGGUUUACCACACACAACGUCAAUAUCAAGAUGAGCACAGGAAAGAACAUUGUUAUUGGUGUGCAAGUCACCUUUCUUUGAUUAAGUCUGUUCUUAAUUAGAGGGGAUGAAUUAGGGUUGAACACACUACAGGAUGAUCCACAAUCACAGUUAAGGAAAAUUCACUUGCCAGAUUGUGAUCAUUUCUACAGGAAAAAGCUUAGACUAGAUUAUUAUUAAAAUAAGAAAAAAAAAAAUAGAGGGGAAUGAGAUUAAGUUUAGAUCUUGGCCUUCUUUAUUGAUGGACAUGAGAGACCAAGAUAAGGUAAUAGAGAUGCCUAGCACUUUGGGUUAUAACCUCUCCAAUAGAAAUUCGUCUUCCUCCAAGUUAUCAUCACCAAUAGGGGAAAGAAGUGACCAACCUCCUCAAUCUCACACGUUGAUUUUCAGUGAUCCACCCCAAACAACUUCACAUCAUCACCAUCCCCUCAACCCCCCUAAUUCUCUUCCACCAAACCCUCUUCAACUACCACAUCCUCACAGACCCAGAAGAGAUCCAGAUCCAACUCCUAUUUCUCCUCCUGUCAUAACCACCCCAAGAACACAACCACACUCAACACCAACUUUCACGACAACAUUCAGAUACCGAGAAUGUCUGAAGAAUCAUGCUGCCACCAUGGGGGGUCAUGUCACAGAUAGGUGUGGGGAGUUUAUGCCAAAAGGAGAAGAAGGCACCCCAGAAUCCUUCAAGUGUACAGCUUGUGAGUGCCACCGCAAUUUCCACAGAAAAGAACCUGAAGGCGAAUCAUCACAACAUGUUCUCAACUACCACCUCACUUACCCCAACAAAAACAACAGAAACAUUGUCAUUCAUUCUCCGCAAUCUUACCUUCAGUUACCUACACCCCACCUUCACGGGGUGGUGGCUACCCCUUCAGGUGGGCCGGUUCAGCCCGCGAUGUUGGGCUUUGGGGGGACCCCAGCUGAGUCCUCAAGCGAAGAUCUCAACAUGUUUCAGACCGAUGAUGCAGGGCAAUUGUUAUCAGUGCCACCACUGUCAUCAUCCAAGAAGAGGUUCAGGACAAAGUUCUCACAGCAACAAAAGGAUAAGAUGAUGGAGUUUGCUGAGAAAGUGGGGUGGAAGAUCCAGAAACAAGAUGAACAGGAACUGCAUCAGUUUUGCUCUCAGGUCGGUGUAAAAAGACAGGUUUUCAAGGUUUGGAUGCACAACAGCAAGCAAGCCAUGAAGAAGAAGCAAAUGUAAGCCUAGAUUAAUCAAUUCCAUCUCUUUCAAAUUAAUUGUUGAUUUUUUUUUAAAUUUGUGUUUAAUAAAAACACUCAGACUUUAAAAUCUUAGA